AUGCACACAUCCAAAAACCUCCUCAUCUGCACCGCCUGCGGCACCCAAUUCGACCUCCCCGCCUCGCAACCCCCCAAAGGAUGUAGAAUCUGCGACGACCCCCGCCAGUUCGUCCCCCCAACAGGCCAAACCUGGACCUCCCUCUCCCAGCUCCGCACCAAAGACCACCGCAAUGUCUUCACCCCCGACCCUCACGACCCGCGCCUCACCUCCAUCCACACGGAACCCAAAUUCGGCAUCGGCCAGCGCUGUAUCCUGCUCGAGACCUCCGCCGGCAACGUCCUGUGGGAUUGUAUCGCGUACUUGGACGAGGAAACGGAGGCGUUUAUCAAAGGUAAGGGCGGGUUGAAGGCGAUUGUGAUCAGUCAUCCGCAUUAUUACACGACGCAUUUGGAUUGGGCGAAGACGUUUGGGUGUCCGGUGUUUGUGGCGAGGGAGGAUGAGGAGUGGUUUAAUCGGAAGGAUGGGGAGGGGUGCAGGAGGUUUGUUGAAGGGGGGACGGCGGAGGUUUUGGAGGGGGUUGUGGCCAUUAAGACUGGUGGGCAUUUCCCCGGGAGUUUGGUACUGCUCUGGGAGAAGAAGUUGUUCAUUGCUGAUACUCUCGUGACGGUCCCAUCCGCUUUAUAUCAUGUCGAUCGCCUCCCUGGCACGACAUCCUUUGCCUUUAUGUGGUCAAUCCCCAAUAUGAUCCCUCUCCCGCCUUCUGAACUGCACAAGAUGUGGUUGGCGCUGCGUCCCUUUGAGUUUGAGAGUACGCAUGGAGCUUUCAAUGGCCUUGAUGUUCGAGAUAAGAAUGUCAAAGCGCGAGUGCUGGAAAGCAUGAAGAUCCAAGCGAAGAAUGAAGGGUGGGAAGAUGUGGCUAUUCUCAAAGAAACGCUUUGA